AAAAUUUACUUAUACGUUUCGGAUUUACUAUUUUUUCAAUUUUUACUAAUUCGAUUUUUUGUUUUCAAAGUUUAAAGUUGAUUGCAAUAAUUCAUAUCGUAAUUUCGGCAUGAAUGAAUCUGUCUGUCACCUACAGUAGUAGAAAAGAAGGAGAUUCUGCCGCUGAACUCUUCCUAUUCGGUCAGCAGGCUGACCAUAGCUGAAUAGAUAUGUCGGAAUUGUCAGGUUCGAAUGAGGACCUUGAUAACGACAAUCCGAGGAGCAGUAUUUUAGACGAUGAGUUUACCACUGAGGAGGAUUUGCUAUCACUGUCGAAUUCUCCUGAUAGCAAUAGCUCAGAAGAACUGCCAUCAUUGUCAAAUUCAGAAACCAAUGAAGAAAAUGUUUUCCAGCCAUCUCCCUCUUCAGGAGGAGGGAGGGACCUUUCAGUAUCCGAUCAUACCUCAGAUAAUAUAUUAAGUCAAGACUCUUCGCCGGAUACAGAAGAAUUGGUGCAAGAGCAGCCAUCCACAAGUCGUGGGACAACUAUUCGGAGUUUCAAGACAAGAAUUGAUGAAAAUGGCGAAACUAUUUUCGAGUUUGCGUCUGAUGAUGAUGAACCUGUUUCUGAACAAGAAAAUGAAGAAGGGGGGCUUGGCCACCAACCACCAUCAAAUCAACCAAGUUGGGAAGGUCAACUUGAAACUAUAAGGCGUGUGCAAGGUACCCACUAUCAAGCAGCAAUUAUUAAUAGCAAUCAACAUGGAGUUGGAACAAAUUCGGACUGGGGGUCAGAAGACUCAGAAGAUGAUCCAGACUAUUCACCAGCCAGUACUGACGCAUCAGCAACAAGUAUUGCACAAAGAGCUGCAGCACGUCGAAAUCUUGCGUCAGUAGCAGGUCAUAUUUUAGGGCCACAGCAGUCGCAACGUGUACUAACUCAUUUAGGAACAGUACGACAAGUUCAACUUGGUGGUACAGCAAGAACUCGAACUACAACUGCAACGAGACGACCAAGAAAAAAGAAGAGAGCAAGAAAAAAGAAAAUCUCAGUGAAAAAACCUGCCGUUCAAAGGGUUCCUAAACCAGUGAAGCCAUUACUUCCAAAAACCAUAUUUCAUGAUGAAAACGGCAACGAAACUGCAAAGCUGUAUAGAUCGCAAAUAUCAAGUAGUAUUAAUCAUAGAACGAACAUUAAAUUUACUACAGAAGGCUCAAAUGAAAAUGGAAAUCAAAUUAGUUCAUAUUGUAAGGUGGGCGAGGUGUUCUUACAGAUGACGAAUCCUGACGAUGAACUGCGAAUACUGAACUGUGAAAUGUUACUGAGUAAUUUUCCAGGGUUAAAGCAAGUCAUUUUACAUUCUGCUGACUACCGAGAUGUGGCUUUAAUGGAAUUAAAAACUGAACAGACAUUAUCUGAAGAAGAGGCAGUUCGGCAACCAAAACCAAAACUCAACAAGUCGGAUAAAAGAAGAACUCUAAUAUUUGUCGCCAGAAAAAUGUAUUUGUUUCCUUGUCACAUUGAGGGAUUUGGCACAAAACUAUUCACUUCUAAAGGGUUUGGCAAUAAGAAAGUAUUUCUUCUCGAGUUUGUUGGCCUUUGUGAAGAACGUAAACGAGUCAAAAUAAACAUUCUAUUAAACAAAACGUUUAUAAUUGGGCCACACACCUUGAACGACAUUCCAUAUUCUAAGAACAAAAUACUUGCAGACAGUUUAAACUCUCUGUUUAAUGUCCAACCCCAACCUCCUCCACAUUAUGAACCGAUCCAUGAUAACGAUGAAGCACAGACUCUCGAACUCCAGACGAAGGAAGACAUUCCUUGGUUUUAUGGACAAAUCAAAAAAUAUCAUGAUAGAGAAGUAUUGCCUUCUCCCACGUUUUCGCUUCAACCUAAGAUUCUUGGUCCCACUCUUAGACAAUAUCAAAGGAAUGCUGUUCAAUGGAUGCUUUACAGAGAAGGGGCAUUGACAACAAAUUCACAAUCGACAGAACUAACCCCUAAAUUGGACAUUAAAACAUCGUUUAUCAACAAAAUGUACGUUCCAAUCUCGAUCGAGGGAAAACAGGCGUUCUACAACCCACAUAUUGGAUAUAUGUGCUGGGAGGUACCUCUUUUAGAUGGUUUACCCUCUGGAGGUAUAUUGGCAGAUGAAAUGGGAUUAGGCAAAACAGUGGAAGUGAUUUCUCUAGUACUACUCAACCCAAAACCAAUGGAGGAAUCCAAAGAAAAUCAAAGUGACGUGGACGACGAAGAAUCAAUUUAUGAAGAUGAUGAUGAUAAUUCUCCUCAAAGUGGCUCCAACUUCAACAGUGGUGAGGAUGAUAAUAUUGACGAAAGUUCGUCAGAAUCAUGGCAUCCACCCCAAAAAAGAAAAAGAACUUUUGGUGUGAACAAUAUAAGGGAAUCAUCUCGAACAUAUUCAAAACUAGUUAACAGUAAACAUGACUCGCAAGCGCCUGUGCACCCCAAGUUCAAAGGAAAACGCAACACUUCUCCAUGUACUUUUGUAACAAUAGGAUGUCCAACUAAUGAUUCGGAUGAAAAAUCCUCGGUUGUGAAUGACUCCGGUGAUGAUUCUGUCGAAAACGAAAUUAUUCCUUCCUCAUCUUCUUCAACUUCAAGUCAUAAACAAAUUAAACGGCAAGCGACUGAGGCUGUUGAUGUCAAAGCUGACCUUCCUAAAAAAAUAUUGAAAACUUCGGUGCGAACUACAACAUUUUCAAGAUGUAAAGCAGUGUAUGAAGCAGAAUUGUUAAAUUACAGCGAAGUGCAUAAUGUUUCGCGAGUAAAAUUUAAUGGAACGUUCUUUGAGACAAAAAUUGCAAGAAUUUCAAGAUUCGAGUGCAUUUGUGGAGGUAGCAGUGGUAAUGACAAGAACGAGAUUGUUAUUUGCAGUAUAUGUCAUAGUUCGCAGCACAGUCGUUGUGUUGGUCAUGAGAAAUACUUGCUUCGUCGCUCUUCAAAUAAUAAAUAUAUUUGCCCGCAUUGUACAACAAUUGAGCCACCUGUUCCUGCCAAGACCACACUUAUUGUAACUCCAAAUACUAUAAGCCAUCAAUGGAUCAACGAACUCAAACGUCAUGUGAAUAAAGAUAAUAUGAGCAUCAUGUUCUACAAGGGAGUUACAAAUCACGGCUAUGUUCCUCCUACCAAGCUUGCAGAAUUUGACAUUGUGAUUACAACCUACAACACAUUGGCAAAUGAAUUGAACUACGUUGACCUGCCUCACACUAAUAGCGAGGACGGGCGGAGAUUCCGUAAUGCAAAACGCUUCAUGACAAUUCCCUCGCCGCUGCCAAGCGUGUACUGGUAUCGAGUUUGUUUAGAUGAGGCUCAACUCGUUGAAGGAAUUUCUACCAAAAUGUCCAUGAUGGCCUUGAAAUUUAAGGCUCAUCACCGAUGGUGCGUCACUGGUACCCCAAUAAAUGAAGGCCUUCGGGAUCUAUUUGGGCUGUUCGCCUUUUUGAGUGUUGAACCGGUUGCGUUAGAUUUUUGGUGGCAGAAACUUGUUCAAGAACCGUUCCAUCGGAAAGACGUUUCUCUUUUGUACGAACUGUUUGGUCAGGUCAUAUGGAGGACAGGAAAAACAGACGUCUUGGGCCAGCUUGGUAUUCCUCCACAAACUUCUGUGCAUCAAUGGUUGACAUUUUCAGCUGUCGAAACUCAUUUCUAUAAACAACAAUAUGAAAUUUGCUCAAAGAAAAUUUUGGAGAAAAUUUCAAGAUUACGACAAAUAAACAGCAACAUAUUAGAGACAAGACUUUCGAUAUUGGAUCGUCAAAUCCUACAAUCACUUCUACUACCAUUUUUAGAAUUACGGAAAGCCUGCUGCCAUCCACAGAUGGUGAAAGGUCAUUCAUUCUCUCUUCAAAAAGACGCAAUGACGAUGGAAGAAUUACUGGCCCAAUUAAUCAAGAAAACAAGUGUUCAAUGUGCUGACGAUCAUCGUCAGAUUGUGGCAUCUUUAAAUGGAAUGGCGGGUAUACAUAUGAUCAAAGAAAAUUGGCUUUCUGCUUCUGAAAUGUAUCGAGAGGUUUUACAAUCAUCGGAAAAGAACGACAAGCAUUUUACAACGGAUUCACUUCAGCUGUAUCAUACAAAGGAAAAUUUGGCCGAUUUAUUGGACCGACAUCAUGAUGGCAUUCCAUAUACUUUGAGAGAUAGUUCAUUGCGAACUGAAGCUGAAGAGCUAAAGAAAAAAUACCUUCAAAAAUAUUCCAACAGUGUAAAAGCAGCACAAAUGGUGGUCAAACCAUUGUCCAAAGUAAUUGAAGAUUUGCCAGCAGAAUUCAAAUGUCACAACUCAUCUUGGUGGUCAAUAGCCUUAACAAAAGCAUCAAAAAUUGGCAAAAUUGAUGAAUUUGUUAAACGCAUCAAGGAUGAACUAUCAGGAGGUCCGGAUGUUAAACAAAUGAAAAAUUUUAUUUCGCUAGCAAAUAGAUUUAACGAUGCAAAUGGACUGGAACGGGUCCUUGUUGAAAACAUUCUAGAAAUUGACAAGUUACGUAAAUCUGCAUUGAAAGGGUUGGAUAAAUUACAACAAGAAGGUGCAAACUCAUUUGUACAUGCGGCAAUAAGUUGUCAUUUACGUAAGAAGGCACAAUUGUACUACAAAGAAAGUGAUGAACUAGGAUUCCGUUGUCAGCUUUGCCAAUAUCAUGACUUGUUCUUGCAAUAUGAGUCGGCAUUAUUUAAAGAGAAAAAAAGAAAGAAAAUUGUCCGGACGGGUAGACAAUGGCAACAACAUAAGAUACUAGGAGAUGUUACAUCGGAUUUGACUGAAGACGAACGAAACUUGGUAUUAUUAAGGGAAGAAGAAGAAUUGAUAGAGUCACUGGAGCAUUGUAACGUUGGCCUUAGUGAUGCCCAACGUCAGGGAACAUGGGGCGAUUCCGAUACUGAAAAAAUCUUAAAGUUAAUCAACAACUUUGCAAGAAUUAAUGGACUACGGGGCGAUGUUCGAGAUGAUGGGACAACUCAUAUUAAGCUAUUUGAUGCCAUGAAGAAAGAAUUUAGAUUUUUGCGUAUUCUUUGGAGACAAAUCUACGACGAAGUUUCUGCUUAUGAUGAACUUAGUCAAGCCACAACUCGACUUUGCCUGAAAUAUAACGUCGAGGUGAACAGUAGCAGCGUCGUUGACAAUCAAGUUGCCAGUACAAGUACCGGAGGGGGUGGAAGCAGUCGUAGGAAAAAGAAACCACCAGUAAAGGAAUUGCAAUCUGGACAAAUUGAGCAAGAUCAAAGAAUACAAAAUAUCAACUUGCUUGAACCUCAUGAGUUGGAAACAAAGGUAGCACAAAUGCAACUCGAAUUGGAAUUAGGAAAAGCAAAUCUCUCAGUUCAUAUGGGACAGUUAUUAUAUUUGGAGACAUUGAAGAAAAAAGACUAUGGAAAACGGGGUACCGUUAACUCUGAAGAUUGCCCGGUCUGUCAGUGUCCGCUGAAUUAUGAAUGGAGCGUACUAUGUUGUGGCCAUUCAUUCUGCUUGGACUGCAUAAAACAAAUGUGCCCUAAUGUAUCGCAAAGUUUCUUUUGUCCACUCUGUCGAACGUCUGUAAAGUAUUCGGAUGUAUCAUUCGUGGAUACUAAAGGUACUGAAGUUAGCAGUCCUUCCAAACGUUCAACGAAAACAAAACAUAUUAAAGGGAGUCAUUCUACUAAGGUUGAGGCAGUAGUAGAAACUUUACUACGACUUCAAGACUCACAUCCAAGCGAGAAAGCUAUAAUUUUUUCUACGUGGGUGGACGUAUUAGAAAUUAUUUCAAAGGCUCUUGCACAAAAUGAUAUCAGGAGCUGUCUGUUGAACCAAUUAGGAAAGAAAUUUGAAACCGAGUUGCAGCGAUUCAAGCAAACUGAGGACAUCCAAGUGUUACUAAUGCCACUUGCUUCUGGGUCGAAAGGUUUAAAUAUCAUUGAAGCAACGCAUAUUAUUUUAGUUGAACCCAUCCUGAGUCUUGCCAGUGAGUUGCAAGCAAUUGGCAGAAUUCAUCGAAUUGGACAGACAAAGCCAACAUUUGUUCACCGAUUAUAUGUAAAGGAUACUAUAGAGGAGCAGCUAUUCGAGGUAUUGAAGGGGCAUGACGUUUCUUCUGAUGCUGAAGGAGCUUUAACAGUAGCAGAUUUGCAAAGUCUAAUUAAAGACGGAAAGAAUUACUCUGGUCCUAACACGGUGACGUUAGAUUAAGAUUCACCGCUCCCUACGUAUUUGCAUGCACACACAAGUGCAUGCCUAUUAAUUGUCUACUUUAAUAAAGUAAAUUGCUGAACUUAUUGUACAUAUAGUAUAAUAUGUAGCUCGUUAAAUUUUUUGUUGUUGAAUGAAUUAUCGGUAAUUACGUUAUGUUUAUGAAAUUGUUGCACUAAAACAGUUAAGUAGUUUUAGUUUUAUAAGGGUCAACUUGAUACAUAAGCUCAUUUAUCAAUAAAUGACAAUUAUAAAACUAUUCGUGU